GUACAGGCCUUGGAACGAUCAAUGACCCUAAACCCCAUACUUUGAUUAGUUAUUUCAUUGUUUGUUAGGAGUGUUGAAGCGUUGGGCCCCGUGGUGGCACUGAAGUCAUCUCAGCCACAAAGGGAGCUCAGUUGCCCCACACUGAACGGUUGCAGCCACUUGUGCAGGGAUAAGCUUCGGCCACAGUCGCAAGGGUUCGGUUUUUACAUUCACGGCUCUACAGUGCAUCACUGUCACCAUCUCCAAGAACCUAAAACUUCCGACAUAAUCUUCUUUCGCACUGCCUGCCGACCGGAAGGACUUGACCGUCCUGCAGCAAAGGAUGGCAGCAUCUUCGAUGCCCCAGACAUGAAAAUCUGAAGUUUAUUGCGACCUCUCUUUCGCCGUCAGAACAAACCAGACCAAUAGGCGGACGACGCGCAAUGGACAACAACGAGGAUGACCCGACGAGAGUAACGGCGCUCUGGCCGGAUCCGCCCCCCUUUUGGAAGUCCUUCACCCCCGAGAAUCUGGAGCGCUAUAACAGCGUCAAGGAAGACUACGCCCAUCAGCAGGGCCUCAGUACUGAUGCCAUCGCGCACAUCCCCAAAGUCCCGCAAGAGCUUGCCAACCUUCAACCACCGCCCGAGCCAGCUGAGGGAACAUGGAGGUUAUUCAGCGAGCCCGAAACUCUCACAGAAACCCUUCAGACCCUGGAGGACGCCGGCAUCCAGCGCCUAGGGCCCACGCCCGAGGUAGACAGGGACAGCAGCCAUCUCGAUCGCGGCUUUCAGUUAAAAAAGCUCGUCAAGUCGCUCAUGCUCAGUUACCUCGAGCUGAUCGGUCUCAUGGGCCAUAAUCCGGCGCAUGCCGCGGAGAAAGUCCAAGACAUAAAAAUCCUGUUGCUCAACUUUCACCACACCCUCAACGAGUACCGCCCCCACCACGCCCGCGAGCAGCUGAUUCAGCUUAUGAACGCCCACGGCGACCAAAUGCGCGCUGAGACGGCAGGGAUUCGGAGCGUGGUGGACAAGGCGAAGCGCACGAUUGAGGGACUGGCCAGCAUUCAGUUGCCACAGUUGGAUGCAGACGCCGAGGAGACUAUCGGUGUCCCAAGAUUGAGGCAGAAGCAGGAGUGGGAUGAUGCAGUGUGGGGCGAGCUUCGCGACGACUUCGUGUGAUACCCAUGAAAUCGAGGCGGCGUUUGGGUACGGAUUCAAACUGGAUGGAAAUGGUAGAGAGGAAAUCCACAGAUUAUCAGGAGUAAGCCAAUCGCGCAACACAACACCGAUCAGACCCAAAGCCACACCACAGUCUCAGGUAAUCAGAAUGGAACAAACACUCCCGUUGGCAUUGAUCACGAGACUGUUUUUGGCAACAGCCAUGAGGUUGGUGCUGGUGAUCCAUACAAUAUGUACCUACGAAACCUUGGUUCGCCACGAUCUCUCAAAUCCAAGCCCUAUUCCGCUGCU